AUGGCGCCCCCACCUUCCAACGAGGCCAAGGUCAAUGAAGCCCAAAAGCUGGCCAAAACCGAUCCGGCGAAGGCGGAGAGUAUCUACAAGGAGGUGCUCGCUCAAUCUCCAGGCUCGGACCAGGGUGCCUUACAAGUCUAUGAGAAUGCGCUGGUCAGUCUUGGAGAGCUGUACAGAGACAGUAAGCGCUCGGAGGAUCUGUCGGAAUUGGUCAAGACGAGCAGGUCAACCCUGUCGUCGUUCGCCAAAGCCAAAACGGCCAAGCUUGUCCGGCAACUACUCGACUUCUUCACCGACAUUCCCAACACUCUCGAGAUCCAAAUCACUACCACUAAAUCGUGCAUCGACUGGGCCAAUUCCGAGAAACGAUCCUUCCUUCGUCAAAACCUCGAAACGAGACUUGUUGGUCUCUAUAUGCAGAAGCAAUCAUAUUAUGAUGCCCUCACACUAAUAAAUGGUCUGCUGCGAGAGCUGAAGCGGUUGGACGACAAGCUCGUGCUCGUCGAGGUGCAAUUGCUCGAAUCUCGGGUCUACCAUGCUCUCACCAAUCAGGCCAAAGCACGAGCUGCCCUGACUUCGGCAAGGACAUCUGCAGCGUCGGUCUAUACUCCUCCUCUAUUGCAGGCCGGCUUGGACAUGCAGAGCGGCAUGCUGCACGCCGAAGACAAAGACUUCAACACCGCAUACUCCUACUUCAUCGAGGCGUUGGAAGGGUAUCACGCUCAAGACGACACCGCCCGCGCCACGUCGGCACUGCAGUAUAUGCUUCUCUGCAAAAUCAUGUUAAACCUGGUCGAUGAUGUCAAUAACCUGCUGUCGUCAAAGCAAGCGCAGAAAUAUGCUAGUACAAGUCUGGAGGCCAUGAAAGCCGUGGCAAGAGCACAUUCGAAUCGGUCACUCGAAGAGUACGAACAGGCUCUAUCCAACUAUCGGUACGAGCUGGGCAGUGAUGUCUUCAUCCGCAAUCACUUACGACGACUGUAUGACGCCAUGCUGGAACAGAACCUGAUCAAAGUCAUUGAACCUUUCAGCCGAGUGGAGAUUGACCAUGUCGCAAAGAUGGUAGGACUCGACACGCAGCAAGUGGAGAGAAAGCUGUCUCAGAUGAUUCUCGACAAAGUCAUCAUUGGGGUAUUGGACCAAGGAGAAGGUUGUUUGAUCGUGUACGACGAAGUUGAGCGGGAUACUGGCUACGACGCUGCCUUGGAGACGAUUGAAAAGCUCAGCAAUGUGGUUGAUGUACUUUACACCAACCAAGCUGCGUUACUGGAAUAG